GUCGCUGCCUCCGUUCAGACAUCUGCAGAGAAGAUGGCGGCGCUACGAGUCGCGGUGCUUUCGGGGAGUGGGAGAGCUCUCCUAAAGGCGUCAAAAACCAUCAAGACCCCCAAGGCCAACAUGUCCUUCGCCAGCCUGCCGAGGAGCCAGAAGGUUGCCCUCUCGACGCUAGGCGUGGUGACGGCUGGCGGGGCCGGGAUCGCUCUGAUGCUGCACCAGUCAGUCAAGGCCUCUGAACUGGAGCUCCACCCCCCUAAUUAUCCCUGGAGCCACGCUGGACCUCUGUCGUCUCUGGACCACGCCAGUGUUCGUCGUGGCUACCAGGUGUAUAAACAGGUGUGCUCAGCCUGCCACAGUAUGGAGUACAUGGCCUUCAGAAAUCUGGUGGGAGUGUCGCACACAGAGGACGAGGUUACGGUUCUCGCUGAGGAGAUUGAGGUGGUCGACGGUCCCGAUGACACCGGUGAAAUGUUCACCCGUCCAGGUAAGCUGUCCGACUACUUCCCAAAGCCCUACGCCAACCCCGAAGCAGCCCGAGUCGCCAACAACGGAGCCCUGCCUCCAGAUCUCAGCUACAUCGUCAACGCUAGACAUGGAGGAGAGGACUACGUGUUCAGCCUGCUGACAGGUUACUGCGAACCUCCAGCUGGAGUGGAGGUGAGAGAGGGCCUCUACUACAACCCUUACUUCCCUGGACAGGCCAUCGGCAUGGCCCCGCCCAUCUACAACGAGGUGCUGGAGUUUGAUGACGGAACCCCUGCCACAAUGAGCCAGGUUGCUAAGGAUGUUUGUACCUUCCUGAGGUGGGCUGCCGAGCCAGAGCACGACCAACGCAAACGCAUGGGACUUAAGCUGCUGAUGGGCGCAUCCAUCUUGAUCCCUCUUCUCUACUACUUAAAGAGACACAGGUGGUCUGUGAUGAAGAGCAGGAAGAUCGCCUACAGGCCUCCUAAGUAAACGAAAUCAAACAAACCCCACCCUGGGCUUAAAACUACCAGAGAGGGCUGCGUUCAAUCACCCCACAACGCUCUCCUCACAACGAUCAUAUGGACACAGAACAACUGACAAACACACACAUGCCUUUUCUAAAGGGGGUAGAGAAAUCAGAGUAUAUAUACUAUGUUUAUUCCUACAGAAAAUGCCUUUUUUUAGUUGUUGGCAUAGAAGUAGUCAUGUGGCAGAUUUUCCUUUUAUUUGGAAAAUUAUGGUGCAAGUUUGUGUUUUUAGAGAGUUGUGGCGUUCUUGAAUGCAACCCCUUCACAAAGUUAUGUUUGUUUUAUCUGCAACAAGUCAUCGUUGGAAACAGUUCACGUCAUGGCAUCUCGUGUCAGACACUUUGUCACAGUUGACUGAAAAGUUAAUUGAUCGUCCAUCUUUGUAAAAUAUUCAAUAAACCACAUGAGCGCAGAGAAAUGGUUGCUGCAACUUUGGAACAUCCUGGAUAUAUUAAAUCUAUAAUCCCUCCCUAUCGUCUCCAGAAAGCCACUGCCCGGUGGAUCAAACGCAACCUCCGAACCUCUGUUUUACUGUACAAAAUAAAUUAUCUUAAAGGAAA